AUGGCAGCGGCGAGAUACACCUCGCAAAGAUGCCUCGAAAGGUCAUCGUCGUUGUUAGCUGCAGCAGCAUCGGUCACGGUCCGAUCCUACGGCAGCUGCUCGACCGUCGGCAGCGCGAGCAAUUUGAAAGUAGCGCUGAUCGGCGCUGGAUCCGAAGCAGGAAAAAAUAUGGCACUGUGCUUGAAGCAGUGUUCUCUGAUCGACGAGCUGGCGCUUCACGAUCUCGGCUCAGCAGUCAACCGCGUACGCAAAGAUCUCAGCCGUUGCAACACCACGUGCAUGGUCUCGGAUAGGGACGAUGUCUCGCUGGAUAAUACCUUGCUGAAUGCCAAAAUCGUCGCACUGAUUGUCAGUGGAAGCAACCUGAGUCAAGAAGCUAGGGAAAUCGAGCGAGUCGUGCCGAAAAUACUGCAAUAUUGUCCCAAAGCAUUCGUCGCAUUGGUGGCACGUUCGGUCAACAGUUUACUACCUAUGCUGUUCGAACGCUACAAGAGGGAUGGCCGAUUCGAGAACGAUCGUCUCUUCGGAGUGCUGAAUUAUUUUUCCACGCAAGCCAGUAGUUUUGCCGCCCAGAGGCUGGGCAUCGACCCGAACUCGGUGAACGUGCCGAUAGUCGGGGGUGGCUGUCCACAAACUGCGGUGCCACUGUUUUCGUUAACAACGCCCGCUGCCACUUUUUCCCCGGAGGAGCUGUACAGAUUAAGAAACGCGAUGAAAAGGGCAGACGAGAAGGUCGCAGCCGAGAAAUGCGGAGAAGGCGCCUCGAGCCCGACGACGACGGAGCCGUACUCGUGGCCGAUGUGCGCUGGCUUCGCGGCGGCUAAAUUUUGCGUCUCGCUUUGCAAAGCCAUGAAGGACGAAGCAGGUGUGGUCGAGUGCGCCUUCGUGCGUUCGUGCCUCAUACCGGGACUUAAUUACUGCGGCGCACCGCUUCGACUAGGCCCGAACGGAAUUCAACGUCACCUGGGACUGCCAAAAGUCAGCGCUGACGAGUGUCAGCAGCUCGAGGAGGCCAUUCCUCUCAUUAGGAGGGAUAUCAAAGUUGGCGAGACUUGGAUAUCGUCCUAAUUUUCUGAAGUAAAUAUGAAGUAACUAAAUCUGGACAAUCAAACGACUUUCGCUUGCUUCAAGCGUGUGAGAAAUUAACCGGGUGUCAAACAAUCCAACGUCAGCUAACCUAGUAUUCAAAUCUUCCAUGGAAUUUCAAACUUCAAACUUCAAAGAUCGUGGAGAGCUCGAGUGAGCGAACUGAGAAUGACUCAAGAGCUUU